CGCUGUCCCUCACUCCCUUCCUGCUGCAUCACAACAGCCGCUAGCAGCUCGAGUAGCACCAGUGACCAGGGGGGGGGCCACAGGAUUUAUCCGCCAGCCAGCUCGUUGACAGGGAGGAGGAGGAAGAAGAACCCGACCACCCCGCGGACCCUGCAGCGCCCAGCGACGUCCUGACUCGGGGGCUUGACGGACAGGAACUCGGUUGCAGCGCGAUAGCCCCGCUCCAGCUGUUGGGACAUGGCCAGGCCGGAACAGGUUCUGCUCCUGGAGCCUCCGCACGAACUGAAAUUCAGAGGUCCAUUCUCAGAUGUGGUCACCACAAAUCUCAAGCUCGCCAACCCAACAGACAGAAAUGUGUGUUUCAAGGUGAAGACGACAGCACCACGCCGGUACUGUGUGCGGCCAAACAGUGGAAUUAUCGAUGCAGGCACCUCAAUCAAUGUCUCAGUUAUGCUGCAGCCUUUUGACUACGACCCCAAUGAGAAGAGCAAACACAAGUUCAUGGUCCAGUCCCUGCUAGCACCUCCUGACAUGACUGACAUGGAGGGAGUGUGGAAGGAGGCGAAGCCAGAUGAGCUGAUGGACUCUAAGCUGAGGUGUGUUUUUGAGCUGCCACUGGAGAACGAAAAAACGCACGACACGGAGUCCAACAAGAUGAUGUCGUCCAGCUUGCUGAAGUCAGAGUCCUCUUCGCUGCCCUUCAAGUCACUGAGCUCCACCCUGGAUGACGGGGAGGUGAAGAAGAUCAUGGAGGAGUGCAAGAGGCUGCAGAUGGAGGCUCAGAGGCUAAGGGAAGAAAACAAACAGAUUAGGGAGGACGACGGUCUGCGGAUGAGGAAGAGCAACAUGAUGUCGUCUCAGCAUCCCUCGGUGGUCAUGAAGAAAGAGGAAGGGUUGAGCAUCCGCACCGUGUUCCUCAUCAUGCUUUUCUUUGUGGUGGGCGUCAUCGUGGGCAAGUUGGUCUUGUAGAGCGCGGAGCAGUUCGGUCGGCCGCAGCAUGCUUUCGGGGGAUGAAAACAAAACAAGGGGUCUGGGAUUUAGGAUCAGAAAAUGCCACAUUCGCUAGGUGUGUGGGGGGGGGGCGGGGUACAAGAUUCGAUUCAGUCUAAUUUCUGUAAAAAAAAAAUUGAAAAAUUCAAAGAUAAUGUACAUGAGGAAAAAAUGAAAAACAUCAUCUUAAGAACAAACCUACUGUUCCAGGUCUUGCCUCUACGUAAUCAUCACAUAAUCAUUCUGGCCCUCUUCCCAAAGUCUCAUGCAUACAGAUGACUGGUUCUGUGGGUGGGGAGUAAUGGAAACGUGAUUUAAUGCUCGUGAUUCAGACGAAUGGAUUUUUUUUUAACACCGGCGAGGUAGUGUUGGUGCGAUUGAGUCAGUUUGCAAUUGUGCGAAUGUCAUUUCCGUGUAUUGUUUUUCUUUUUCUAAAUGACAGAGGCCAGACCUUACGUAUAUAUGUAUACGUAAUCCCCCCCACACACACUGUACAGUAUAUCCAGGUGUUCCUUCCAGCUAAACCCCCUUUAAGGAAGGGAUGUACCAGAGAGAUGAUCCACACAGUCGGGGUUUCACACAGGGCUAUCAAACUGACUCCUGCAAUCAGAGGCUUUGUCAAAUCAGCUCGUCUUUUGGUUGUAGAACCUCGAUCCGUGUGGGAAACACUACAGCGCAGGUAUUUUCUUUCUUCAUGUCCCGUUUUGUUUUAAGUCCACUUUACUCCCAUCACCUGGUGUUCACCGCAUCCCCGCUUGACAGAGGGGGGUGUUUGAUUGCAUGCAUUCACACACGAGUGUUGCAUUUGGACUUUUGAAUCUAAUUUAAUUGCUUUUAUAAUUGUUAUAAUAAUAAUAAUAUGUUAUUUGGUUGUAGGUUUGCACAACGACAUUUUCUGAUUUUGUUUUUCUCUUCUUUUCUGUUGCAUUUUUAUGAUUUUAAGUAAAUUCUUUUUUUUUGUUUGUUGUUAGGGUUGAAGCAUUUAAGAAUUAUCGCAGCUACCAGAAAUGAGAUUUGUAUGGAUUUGAUUCUUCUGUAAAUGUUCUACAGAUGAAGGACUUGCCUUGUGACCUGUUUGGACAAGUUAUUCUCAGGCCAAGAAUAAACUAAACAAAAAAAACAAACAACUCGAAUUGUUUCAUCUCCAAAUUUUGAGGAAUAAAAUCAGUGGAGAGUCGCUCUCUGUAUUAUUUGAAGGAAAAAGAUGAAUUGGUAGAUUUUUUUCAUAGUGAAUCCACAUAAGAUGAGUGAACAGCCGUAAAUUCCCCUUUGCUAAACCAAAAAUCAAAGACUACACUACUCCAGCAUCCUUCCAUGUUCAGCGGAGUGGAAGAUGAUAGAAUUGUGCGGUGGGUAAGAGAUUAAAGAGUUUCUACUGUAUCUCUGUAAAGUUGUUGGGUUGAGGAUGACUUGCGGCUUAAAGGGAGGGCAGAGCAGACCUCGCAUCAGGCCUGGGUCACGCAGUACUUGCACACAGUUCUUCUUGUUCACCGAAUUCCGGUUGGAGUAUUUGAACAUUUAAUGCAAGGAAAGUACUUCCAAGUACCAGAAUAUAGUGUUGUUGGUACUCCAAGUUGAAUAUUUAACAAACAAAAAUAACUGUGUAACUGCUAACGGAUCCAGGCCCAGUUGUAAAACUAUACUGACUGAGUCUCUGACCAUCACCAUGAACAAUGUAAGCAGUCGGGAAACUGUUUUGUAUGUAUAUAAAUAAAUAAAUAACUCUAUCUGAGAAGAAGAUUAAUAUACCUAGUCAAGUAGUCUCUCUGGUGUACAAAAACAACCCAACCUGGUUGGACUAUGUAGCAUCUUAAUAAAUUAAAUGAAUAAAACCCCA